GGACUUUCGUGUUAAUUAGCAUCAACUGGCAAAACGUCUUGAUAUCAACGCUCCAAUAUCCACUAAAAAUUAUUCUUUUAGUUUAGUUUCAAUUUAAGGGUAAUAAUUGUGAAGGAUAAAACCAAAACAUGCCUUUCAUUUCAAACGGUUCCGAAUGGAAAUUAAUUGAUGAUGAAGAGCCGUACGAUAAAAAGCGAUUCGUUGUGGUGAAGACACUUCAUGUCAAGUUGAACACAACAGAUACAGCAUUGCCGAUUCAAGAAUUUUCGAUUGAUCAAAUUCGUCAGCACACCCGCAAAUUUGGUCAGAUUGAAUCCAUCGAAAUGUUGCAGGAUAAUUCAGCACUUGUGUCAUUUGCCAGCGAUCAUAUGGCCCAUUCUAUGCAAUUGCAACAUGACUUUGACAAGAAGACGGGAAUAAAGCAGCCGUUCCAGGUUCGUCCAGCCGAUACAUUUGAACAGCCACAAAGCAAGACCAAUUUGCCACCGAAGAAAGUUUUCAAAGUCGACGAACAAACAUCAAAAAUGUGCAUGUUGAACGAAGACUGUUUACUGCAUCUGUUCAAGUUUUUGGAUCUCAAUUCACUCGUGAACAUGGCCGAUGUGUGCAAAAUGUUCAACGGUUUGCUGCACAAAUACAGUUUUCCACAUAUUAAGAAAUACGAAUUCAAACACGAUAUUUUCGACACGCGCAAAUUCAACCCGACCUUGCUCCCAAAGUUAUUGGAAAGAAUGCGUCGAACUCUACAUUGCGUUGGCCGUCACAUCACUGAUCUAACCAUUGAAGUCGGUAAUAGGACUAGUGAGUGGAUCUCUGCACAUGAUAGCGCCGGUGGAUUUUGGGGAAUUUUAGCUGAGUAUGUUGGUACAAAUCUCCGUCAAGCUUAUUGGCAAAUAGGUGAAUCACAUCUUUCGCUGCUUGAAAGAGAAGAAGAAAUCGCAAAAAUCGCACCGAUUCUACGUCACUUGGAGCACUUGAGAAUCUAAGCAGACAGCUUGGAUGAAUAUAUUAUCGAUUUCCAAACAUUGUGCCCGAAUUUAGUCGAGUUUGAGCUGAGUGCACCCGUGAAAUUGCCCAAUUGUGACAGACCGUGGAGGUCGCUACGUUGUUUGGACACCCAGUUUUGCUGUGUGCAUGGGAAUGAACGUACGUUGCCAUCAUAUUAUCAAUGGAAUCCACAGCUCACAUGCGUGGCUUUUCGGACUACUGAAGUUUUCCCCGUUCGAGGCAUUCUAUCUGCUGUCGCAAACCUAAGUUUGCUUGAAAAAGUCCACAUCGGCUGGUACGGCUAUUAUCCCGUGGGAGGACACGACAUCACUUGCCUGAAAAAUCUACAGCAUUUGACUGAAAUAGAGUUGUGGGGUGUGAAUCAUCGCUGUUUGGAGAGUAUUUCCGACUGUUUGGCAACAUUCGUUGGGUUGCGAAAAAUCUUACUGGAUUGUGAUGCGGAUCAUGGCACGGCGAAUGAACGAAGCUUUGGCCUGUCAUUUUUCAAAUUGGCUAAGUGUUCGAAUUAUAUACUGAAGUGUUCGAAUUAUAUACUGCUAGAAUACCCAAAGCAAUGAAAACUCUCGAGCUUUGUAAUCAUAAAAACUCGCCAAAAAUCAACUUCGAAUUGUUAUUGGUUAACGUAUCGGAACCCAAACCACAGAAUCUCUCUCGGUUCCAGGAAUUUCAUUCACCCGAAUUUGAUAAUUACUAUGUGUUUGGAACAAAGGCGGUGUUACGAUAUCUAAGACGAACGUCGAAAUAGUAAUCGCAUGAGAAUGAUACUACAAAUUUUAUAGGCUGUCAAUUGCCACCAAUAAUUUUUUCUAGAGUAAAAAAAUAAAAAUAAGCCUUCCAUCAAUACAGUUCUUUUCCUCUCAUUUUCAUGAAUAUUCCACUCAAAAUUUAAAUAUAAUCUGAAUAAAAAUCAAUAUAAAUUGCUUGUA